AAUACUCUACACAGAGAGAGAUGGCAGAAACCGCCCCAGCCACCUUACGCCCGCGCCGUACCAAAGCGCCAAAGAAGAGUCGCUGCUAAAGCCAAAGAAAGCAGGUCCAGCUGUCGGUGAUCUGAUCGUUACAAAGCCGUGUCCGCAUCGAAGGAGAGGAGGCGGUGUGUCUCUCGCCGCCCUGAAGAAAGCUCUGCGCUGCCGGCGGCUACGACGCAACCGGUGCCUCCCGGCUCCUUCAAGAUCAAACAAGCAGCAAACCGAGACCAAGAAGAAGCCGGCGAAGAAGAAAGCAGCUCCUAAAGCGAAGAAGCCCGCGGCCAAGAAACCCACUGCUGCCAGAACGCCCAAGAGCGCGGCGGCGAAGCAGACCGACGCUAAAGAAAUCCCCAAGAGGCCAAGAACACCCGCCGCUGCAGCCCGCUAA